GAUAGCUCCUCUUCACGCUGCUUCCCGUAAGUUUCCGGAUCGGCUCUAUCUUUAGAGCGAAUGUGACUUGGGGAUCGUCCGCGUCGCCUACCGUCAGUGAUAGUAUUCGAGACCAUCAUUUGAGGCGUGUGGUUUUCUCGAGGAACUAGAACGGGGGCUCCUGAUUCGAUUCGUUUGCUCUUUGAGAAUAUCAAUCGGGAGGCCUCAUACGGAAAUGAUUCAAAUCGCUCACUUCCUCCGAAUAUCUAUUUCGACUUGGCUCGAGCUCUUUCCGCUUGGUGAACGCUCGUGUCGACCGAUGUGCGAUGAACGAUCCAUUUCUGAUGCUCAUCUCUCCGAUGCUCCUUAGCGCGUUCUCGGAGUGCUCACAACCGGAAUGGAAUCGAACUCUCGGUAUCUGAGGUGGCUCAUUGUCCUCGAUCUUGCGUCGCUUGUCGUGUGUCGAACUCGCAUAGAUCAACCUCCAUGGAUACGGCCUGAUACGAUGCCAGAAAUUUUGUAUCAACCCGGGACGACGCCAAGGAUCGUACAUGUGCUCUGUCCCAUUACCGGCGCACAAGCCAAUGUGACAUGGUGGAAAGGAUCGCAGCUGGUGACGGUCGGAAAAGAGCUACGAUUCCGCCCUCUGACAUCUGAGCACGUCGGCAAAUACCACUGCCAAGCAGAGAACUCGGCGGGACUCUCGAAAUCAAGGGAUCUGGAAGUAGGGUUGGCUCACAUGCCGAACUUCGUGGCUGUGGCGCAACGCCUAUUCCUCAUGGAGGGCCAGGCGGCUUCGAUAUCGUGCACAGCCCCCUCGGGUCAUCCCACUCCUAAAGUAUUCUGGAAUGACACUGGAUCCGGUCUGACGUCACGCAUGAUAGUCGAUCCUGAUGGCACGCUCCAUCUCCCGAAUAUUGUGCUUCAAGAUCACGGCGCCAUCAUCGAGUGCUCAGCGGAACAAAUGGGGAAGGUUCACCUUAUGAAAACUGUCGAACUCGUAGUGAGCGCUCGUCCGCAGGAAUGUUUCGAGAAACGUCGUUUCAUGUACGCAACGAGGAAUACGUUCCUCAAGAAAUACAGCGACGCUGAAAUAUACUGCGUGGUCUCGGGUCCGUCGUCCCCGAUGUCAUGGAUAGUGCCUAGUGGUGUUCAGAAAGCUCUGAAUGAAGACGCGCGACAUCUUUUGCGGAUCGAUUCCUCAACCCUCGCAACGAAAGUGCGUUCCUUUAAUGUGAGAUGCCAAUCCGAUGGUCUUGAGAACACAGCCUGUGUCACGCUGACCAGCGAGCCGUACAUUCCCCCGAUGAAGAACGAGAGUAGGAUCGAAGGUGAACGGGUUGUUCUGGAAUGCGAUGCGGGAGGAGAACCCAAGCCGAGCAUUGAAUGGUUUUUCAAUGGGAAAACUGUUGACAAGCGGAUGAUUCUUGGGAACAGUAUUUUUAUACCUCGAGUCACUCUUGGGGACAUAGGUGUCUAUCGCUGCGAGGCAUCCAACCGCUACGGUCGGACUCACCAAGAAGUUCUUCUGAACGUCUACAGAGCAGAGCCCCACAUACUCGUCGAUACCGAAUGCUAUAAUACUGUCGUCGGGGAUCGUUUGCGGAUACCAUGCGCAGCUUUGGCUUUCAAGGAACCCCUGAAGACAUGGUUCAAGAAUGGUGUCGGAAUCCCCGGAACCCGAAAUGACGAGUUUUUGGAGUUCGAUAAUGUCACGAUGGCAAAUGCCGGAAAUUACGCCUGUCGGGUUUGCGAGAGAGAAGACAGACGUCGAUGCAGCUCCUAUAAAUUCGAGGUGAAAGUUUUCGAAUCUACGUUCGUGAGAACGCCCGAGAAGCCCACCGUGGUCUCGGAACACGAAGCUCUGAAUAUUUCCUGCAUCCCGCGAUUUGCCGAUGACGUCAUCCAAUGGAGGAUCGACGGCGUGUACAAGGGUCGAGGUCAGACUUUCCAUUCGAAAAAACCGCGAGCCGGGACUUAUACAUGUGAAUUGCUCCGCAACGAUGUUCUGGUGACUCAAUGGGACGGCCUGGUGGCAUUGAGGAGUAAACCCGCUAAGCCGAGGAUCUUCAAUAUAUCGUGCGGUGGCGACGGAUUCGCUCAUCUCGGCUGGACAUCGGCGGAGAAUGCCGUUUACUACGAAGUCGAGCUGCUCGAUGCGCAGAACUGGCAAUCGAUGGAUAUCGUCACGAACAGGACAAGGUCGAAGAUCAAGUUGAAUCGAUGCUCGCCUUGCAAAUUCAGAGUGAAGUCCCAUAACGAAGCAGGAUUUCAAACUUCGGAAACUCGGCAUUGUGCUCCUCCAACGAAGGGUGACACCCAAUUGCUGGUGAAAGAAAUGAAUAUCACGCGGAAAGCCAGAUUACUCUCUGUCAGCUGGAGCUUUCCCGAUCCAAGAAAAUCGUGUGUCCGUGUUUGUACCCAUCCUUCGGGGGUUUGUCUACAGACCGAAGCGAAUGAGACAACAUUCAGUUUGAAGUACACUCGCCCCAAUUCAACUUUCACAUUGUCGAAGUGCGACGCUUCGAAUUCGCUGCCUCCAGCCGACGAAAUCUCCGCGAGCGGUUAUUAUAAUUGUAAUGUGGUGCUCCGAAUCAGCGGCGUCCUUCACAGGCAGCCAGACUCGGCUCUCGUAUUGUGGGAUUUCUCUCAUGACCCCUAUUGCUCGCUCACGGGUUACCUUGACAUUGACGGAUCUGAAUCAAUCGGAGUCGAUCUACACAAGAAACAAUUUAAUUUAGAGAACCUCGAGCCGAACCGAGUGUACUGUCUGAAAUUGCGUGUGUUCCACGGAGAUCUGGAAUUGCGACUUCCAUCGACUCCGGACUCAUGUUUUCUGCCUGGUCAGGGUUGGGAGGCUUUGGAGAGCAAGCAUCUGGUCAAGCUCCAUGGCGAUCGGAUCAUCCUGCCGUCUAAUACUUCCCUGUUGCAACUCGUGAAAGGCAAAUUCGAGCCGUGGGUAGAGCGCUUGUCGACAGUUCAUCUCAACAUGUUGGGUGACACCUCAAUCAAGUUUCUAGAAAAGUCGGGUGGGCUCUGUAGAGUUUCUGAGGCGAUCACUCUCAAGCAGAGAGAGAGUACCGAUUGGAUCCUCUGGCUGCUCGGGGUCGUUAUUGUGAUUCUUAGUGUCUCCGUUACCGCAGUAGUGCUUUUCCGAAGGAGAAGUAUGUACUACGAGACUGAAGUCAAAUGA